ACUUUCAUGAGCAUUAGUAUAACAGAGGGAGAUUUGACUUUCAAGGUCGCCUUAUGUGAUCUCAAUCAGAAGCAUUUACUUGUCAUCGUCAAUGAGUAUGAUUUUCUCCCUGCACGAAAAGUCUAUAAGUGGAAUCUAAAACACCUUAUUAUUCUUACUAUUUAACAAUUGGUUCAGCUGUAUGGAUAUUGCUUCUCUCCUUGAAUGGAAACUUAACUGUUCCGAACAAUCUUUUAGCACCGUAUAUAAUCUAUCUAGGUGUUAUUCAAAAAGGGGAAAUAAAUGUGUAUGUGCCAAAUUUGAGGUUCAAGUUAAUAACAGAGAAACUGUCAGAACCUAUGACGUUGAUCCUGACAGCGCACUUAUUAGGGAAGUAGAAGAAGCUCUUGAAAAAGCAAAUUUAACUCUUUCUCCACUGAAAACAAAGAAGGAACCUAUAUUCGUAGACAGGUGUAGCAAGAUUAUCCCGAAAAUGUGUCGCGAAAACAUUUGUAUAAAGAAGUCGAAAUCUGACAACAGCGCGACUAUGACAAAGCAGCAGAAAUAUAUUCCUGCCCAUUAUAAAGCUCCUUAUAAGACGGAUAUACAUCCGUCAAAGCGUAAGAAGUUACUUACAUUAGGUCAGCCAGUGACAUCAUUUCUACCAACGAAGGACAGCAGAAAUAUAAAUGACAUAACCUUAAAGAAGGUCAACAAAAUCAGUAUCAAACAGGAAAACCACACACAAGUGAAUUUUUUUGAAGAUAUAAAAUUAUUAUGCUAUCCAGCUUCUAUAUGUAACUGCUACCACUAUCAGACCCACCAGCAGGCUGUUUUAGUCGAAAAAUUUAAUAAAAGUGUUUUACGCUUGUGGCUCUCGCUCUUACAUAGCAGGCAGAUAUCAAGAUCGGAAGAUAAAAGUAUCAUGGUUCAGUUUUUUAAAAACAUCCCCAUAGAAUCCAAACUGUUUUCUAGUAUGUACUUAUCUGUUCAAAAGUGUGACCUUGCCGUCGCUUUGUUCAAAAAAUUCACUGGUCUUUUACAGUUCAUUGAUGUACAAAAAGCCAGUCAAGAUGAAAUUAAUUGGAUUAAGUACGUUUUUUCAAGAUUCAGCCUCAUUUUGAAACUAUUGGAAUUACUGCUGACAAAGGUGAACCAUGGAUCAAGCGACUUGUCAACUUCGAAUGUCCUCUACGAUCCUCUCACUCAUAAUGAUCCCAUAAGUGCUUGGUUUGCUUCAAAACAUUCUGCUAAACUAGUUGAUCCUCCAAGUCCAUAUGAAGCGUAUCUGACCAUAGGCAACUGUCCUAGUACUCCAGGAGCAUUUUCCCGUCUAUUAGCGUUAACGGCAUGGCCUCAAAUGUGUGUAUUCAACGGCAGUGCGAAACAAGCAUUAUUGUUUACGAACCUUUGGAGUGAGCUUGAAUCUGUUCAAAUAGAACUCGAACUUUUAAACACUUUUAAAGCAAACCUACCUAAUUUGCUUGCGGACCACCUGUUCACGAAAACGAUGUAAGUCUGUUAUUGUUUGGUAAGGAAGUGUGUUUGCAGUAUAUAUCAUGUCACCAAUAAUAAUAACAAAGUAGUUCUCAUAUUAAUUACAAUUUUAACUUGGUUACUAGUUAAACAUUUCAUAGCAAAUAGUGUCGUCGGUUUUUUGCUAUUCUCUUUUUACGAAUAAUAAUACUGGAAUUUAAAGAGAUACCACUAGUAGGUUAAUCUAUCAGUCUCUUUUGCUGUUAAUUAAAUAAAUUGAUUUUGUGAUACAACUAUGACUUUAAAUACCCUCCUUUGACAAAAAUAGUAUUUAUAAACCAAGUAUUUUAUGCAUCACCUGAAUCUGCAAAUAGCACUUUUUCACCACUGAAACUAGUCAAUAAUAUGCAUGUAUGUUAUCACCAACGAAGCCACGCUUUCCAUAUGCCUAAUCUGUUUUAUGUCUUGUCCAAUUAAAUCAACAAAAUACAGACAGUACUCCUGAAAUUUUAAGUGUAUUCAUGACACCGCAUACCAAUGUGCUCACGCAACACUCACUUGUUUUACUGCUUUUCUAUGCAUCAGCUAAGAAUACUUUAAAAGGAUGGUAUUAUAUAGAAAAAUUUCAUGUUUAAAGUUUUAUUUAACUAAAUUACAAGCAUUCAUCUAAAGUUCCCAAGGUGUGUAAUUUAAAAAUUACGUUAACUCAUUACUUGUUAAAUCAUAUAAAUUAACAGUUUUUUUAAACAGAUGAAAUAAACUUUUCGAAGUUUCGCUGUACUAUGUCUUCAAAACAGAUUAUUAUUUUAGAUAAAUAAUAAAGGUCUAAGAUACGCUUAUAUUGCUAACGAUUGCACUUGAUUCCAAAGCAAUUUGUAUGAAUUUCUUCUAAAUAAUUAAUUACUUCGUAAAUAAAAUACACCUGAGUACUACCGAAAUGUGAUUAUUAUUUUCGUUCGUUUCGUCCCGAAACACUGCAAAUGGAUAAGUUCUUGUAAAUUGAGUUAAUAUGCUAUUCAAUAAUUUAUAUCGUUUUUUGUCUAUUGACAAAUCUUUUUAAUGUAAAAUAUUAGCGACCCGUUGUUUAAAUGUGCACGAUUGUUACUUUUUAGGAACUGUAAAGAAUUACAACACUAAUUUGUUUGUAUCGAAGCAAUGGUUUGUUGUCGUGUGUGUACACUGUUACAUUAAUUUAUAUUCUAGAGUGGUUUGUGUUUUUCACGAACACUUAAUAAGCAUAUUGAUGUACCAAACGUUGGUAAAGAUUUUGUAAGUUGUAGUCAUCUUAAAUCAUUGGUUAAAAAGGUUUCAAGGACUAUCACUAACCUACUUUUUAUACUAUGAAUUUGAUCAAAGUGAGAAAAGUCAAAUAGUAUUAUUAUUAUUAAAAUAAUAAACCUCUUCUAUUACUCUUUUUCCAGCAAUCAUGCCUCGGCUUUCCGUAAUUUAUACACACUCGUUUGUGGAAACAGUCCAUCAAUUUUGAAAAGCAACGUAUAAAUAACAUUCUACACAUUUCCAUAUCUUGUAUAUAUCAUAUCUACUAUAGAAACGGAUUUGCAAACAUGUACAAACCUUUUUAGUUGUUAUGUUCAUUCUUGAAAUUUGCAACGACGUAGUCAGAAAAUAUUUUUUAAGUAAAAAUAAAAAAAACUAUCAAACUACAUAGCUUUCCAAAUGUUUACUUCUAUUAUACAAUCUUAAAGCAAAAGUUAAUCAUUUUUAUUGACCUUGUGUUGUACAUUAAUAUUCUAUAUUUGAAUAUAUCUGUUGAGUAGUGGUUCUUGAC